UGUGAUGUCACCUGAGCACUCUCGCAAGAUGGCCGCCCGGUUGUUUUGAUGAAUAAUCCUGUGUGAAGCGGUGUCAGCUCCCGGUGUCCAGGCCUCCUCCUCACUGUCCCCGGUCCCCGUGUCGUCCCUCUCCAGCGUCAUAGUGUCUGCGGCGGAGCGAAAGCUGUCUUCUCCUCAUCCGCCAUUAUUCUCUCCAGACUCUUCCGUAGACAAUGCAGCCCUGAAGCCGGAGGCCCCCGGCUCUUCCUCCCCCUCCUCCUGUCCCUCACAAGGACCCCAGGCUUCUGUCACCAUUAAAAGGAAGAUCAUGGAGGAGCUGAGCGCUGACGAGAUAAGACGUAGGCGCCUGGCUCGGCUUGCAGGUGGGCCUUCUUCGCAACCCACGACUCCGCUCACCUCUCCACAAAGGGAGAACCCACCUGGACCACCAGUAGCAGGACCUGCCCCCAGUGCAUCCCACCAGCUUGGCCUCAAUGUUCAGGGUAUAACCCCAGCUACCUCACCCAUAGGAGCAUCAGGGGUGGCCCAUCGAAGUCAGAGCAGUGAAGGCGUCAGUUCGCUCAGCAGUUCCCCAUCAAAUAGCCUCGAAACACAGUCCCAGUCCCUGUCUCGUUCUCAGAGCAUGGACAUUGACAGCGUUGCCUGUGAGAAAAGCAUGUCCCAGGUGGAUGUGGACUCAGGGAUUGAGAACAUGGAGGUGGACGAGAGCGAUCGCAGGGAGAAGAGAAGCCUUACUGAUAAGGAAUCCUCUUCAGGUUCUGAGGUGUCUGAAGAACAGUCACUGCAGCUGGUCUGCAAAAUCUUCAGAGUAUCUUGGAAAGACAGAGACAGAGAUGUCGUUUUCCUGAGGUCUCUAUCUGCUCAGUUCAGGCAAAACCCUAAAGAAGUGUAUUCCAAUUUUAAAGACCUAAUUGGGCAGAUUUUAAUGGAAGUCUUGAUGAUGUCCACACAGUCUAAAGACGACAACCCGUUUGCCAGCUUAACUGCAACAUCACAGCCAAUCGCAACAACGCGAGCCCCAGAGAAGACGUUAUUGCUCAACUCUGGGUCAACACCAGGCACAAGCCCUAUGUUCUGUAACUCUGGAUCCUUAGGUGCCAGCCCCUUAUCAAGUGGUACCAGUAGUACAGAGUCCUGUGGCGAUCACUUCACAAUAGAAACUUGCAAAGAAACAGAGAUGCUCAACUACCUCAUUGAGUGCUUUGAUAGAGUGGGAAUAGAGGAGAGGAAAGCACCAAAGUUGUGCAGUCAGCCAGAUGUGAGCCAGCUCCUGAGCAACGUUCGGUCGCAGUGUAUUUGCCAUGCUGCUUUGGUGUUACAGGGAGCUCUCACCCAGCCAAGGUUUGUACAGCAGCAGUCUCUCCUGGUGCCAUAUAUGCUCUGUAGGAACUUGCCAUAUGGCUUCAUCCAAGAACUUGUAAGGACGACAUACCAGGACGAGGAGGUGUUCAAACAGAUCUUCAUUCCUGUUCUGCAAGGAUUGGCUCUGGCAGCUAAAGAUUGUUCUUUGGAUAGUGACAACUUCAAAUACCCACUGAUGGCUUUAGGUGAACUGUGUGAGAUUAAGUUUGGAAAGACUCACCCUGUCUGCUGCUUGAUGGCCUCCCUGCCCCUUUGGUUACCCAAGCCUCUGAGCCCUGCGACUGGCCGAGAGCUGCAGCGCCUGUCUUAUCUUGGUUCUUUCUUCAGCCUUUCUGUCUUUGCCGAGGAUGAUAAUAAAGUUGUUGAGAAAUACUUCUCUGGUCCUACGAUUACUCUAGAAAACACCCGAGUCGUCAGUCAGUCUCUUCAGCAUUACUUGGAGUCAGCACGGCAAGAGUUGUUCAAGAUUUUACACAGCGUGUUGCUGAAUGGUGAGACCAGGGAAUCUGCUCUGAAUUACAUGGCUGCUAUAGUUAAUCGCAAUAUGAAAAAGGCUCAGAUGCAGACAGAUGACAGGCUGGUGUCUACUGAUGGAUUCAUGCUGAAUUUCCUGUGGGUGCUACAGCAGCUCAGCACCAAGAUUAAGCUGGAAACUGUGGACCCGAUGUAUAUUUUCCAUUCAAAAUGUCGUAUAUCACUGCCCAGUGAUGAGACCCGUAUCAAAGCCACAAUGGAGGAAGUUACCAGCUGGAUGACAGAACUAAGUCAAGAUCCUUCUUCAUUUUCGGAGCCCAAGUUUCCUACAGAGUGCUUCUUUCUGACCUUGCACGCUCAUCAUCUCGCCAUCCUGCCUAGCUGCCGCCGUUAUAUACGUCGAUUAAGGGCCAUCCGGGAACUGAACAGGACGGUGGAAGAGCUGAAGAACAAUGAGAGUCAGUGGAAAGAUUCACCGCUUGCUGCUAGACACAGAGAGAUGCUGAAACGUUGCAAAACCCAGCUGAAGAAACUGGUACGUUGUAAGGCCUGUGCUGACGCUGGUUUACUGGAUGAAAACUUUCUCAGAAGAUGCCUCAGUUUCUAUGGAAUGGUUAUACAGCUUUUAUUACAUUUGGUGGAUCCUGCUUACCCAAGUAUAACGCUGCCUUUAAGCCCAGACAUUCCCAAGAUAUUUGCUGCACUGCCUGAGUUUUAUGUAGAAGAUGUAGCCGAAUUUUUAUUUUUUAUUGUGCAAUAUGCUCCUCAGGUUCUUUUUGAGUCCUCUACACAGGAUGUUGCAACGUUCCUGGUGGUGCUGCUAUGCAACCAGAAUUAUAUCAGAAACCCGUACCUUGUGGCCAAGCUGGUGGAGGUUAUGUUUGUAACUAAUCCAGCUAUCCAGCAUCGGACUCAGAAAUUUUUCGAGAUGAUCGAAGGUCACCCUUUGUCAACCAAACUUCUUGUGCCCUCCCUCAUGAAGUUUUACACAGAUGUCGAACACACCGGCGCUACCAGCGAGUUUUACGAUAAGUUCACCAUACGCUACCACAUAAGCACCAUCUUCAAAAGCCUCUGGCAAAAUCCAGCUCAUCAUGGCACUUUUAUGGAAGAAUUCAACUCGGGGAAGCAGUUUGUACGCUACAUAAACAUGCUGAUUAAUGACACCACCUUCCUGCUGGAUGAGAGCUUGGAGUCCCUGAAGCGAAUUCAUGAAAUGCAAGAAGAGAUGAGGAACAAAGAACACUGGGAUCAGCUGCCUCGGGAUCAGCAGCAAAGCCGUCAGUCCCAGCUGACUCAAGACGAACGUGUCUCCCGUUCCUAUCUUGCUUUAGCCACUGAGACGGUUGACAUGUUCCACAUUCUUACCAAACAAGUGCAGAAACCUUUCUUGAGACCUGAGCUUGGACCCCGGUUAGCUGCCAUGCUAAAUUUUAACUUGCAGCAGUUAUGCGGACCGAAGUGUCGAGACCUGAAGGUAGAAAACCCAGAGAAGUACGGAUUUGAACCAAAGAAACUUCUGGAUCAGCUCACUGAUAUCUACCUGCAUUUAGACUGUGCUCGAUUUGCAAAGGCCAUAGCAGAUGACCAGAGAUCCUACAGCAAAGAUCUGUUUGAAGAGGUGAUAUCCAAAAUGAAAAAGGCUGGAAUUAAAUCUACAAUUGCCAUUGAGAAGUUCAAGCUGUUGGCGGAGAAGGUGGAGGAGAUUGUGGCACGGAAUGCUCGGGCGGAAAUCGAUUAUAGUGAUGCUCCAGAUGAGUUCAGAGAUCCACUGAUGGACACUUUGAUGUCUGAGCCGGUGAGACUGCCAUCUGGAACCAUCAUGGACAGGUCAAUCAUUCUGAGACACCUCCUUAAUUCAUCUACAGAUCCCUUCAAUAGACAAACACUCACAGAAAACAUGCUUGAACCAGUGCCAGAACUUAAGGAGAGAAUCCAUGCAUGGAUGAGAGAGAAACAAAGUGCUGACCAAUGACGUGGUGAAGAAUUGCAGAGAGGUUUGUCAUUUUUGGAGGCAGCCACAGCAGAUGAAUCCCUGUACAUAUAUUUAAAUAAUAUCACAUCCAUUGACAAGCUCACCCAAUGAGGAAUAAACAAAAGGGGAUUAUAUUUUCUUAAAAAAGGCCAGCAAUUACAGCCCAGAAGGCGGAGACCUUCAGUUCAUCCGUGGUGGAGAGCAGGUGGACAGAAAACAUCAUGGUUUCACUACAAGCUGGCAACAAGCUGACUGCAACAAUGUAUCAUUUUUGUUUUUGUAUUUUUUUAUUUUUUUUGGUUUCUGCUGCUACAACACCCUUUCCUUCAUUUUCCCCUUCUCUCUCUGUUCUCCACUGUGAAAGUCUACAGGAAAUAUCUGUCUACAGGAAGUGUCUUGGCACUCACAUUGUUAACUCCGCCUCCUCCUCCAAGAUGCGCUAUGAUGGUUGUGGGACCCAAAGCAAAGUCUGAUUUGUGAAGCGCUUUUUAUGAUUCUUAUCUGUAUAAUAUAUGAUAUAUAUUACCAAAUAUAUAUUUAUAUAUUAUGAGUAUAUUUGUUUUAAGCUUGGCGACUGCAAAUGUUUUAUCACAGGCUUUAGAUUCUCGAUUUCUUCCUUUCUUUAUGCUUUCAUGUGCAGCAAAAAAAAGUUUUUUUUUGAAAGAGCAGCACUGGCAUUUUUUUUUAUAUUUUUUUUUAUUGCUUGCUUUCUUGAGAUUGAGGGGAGGUAACAGUAUGACAUGUGACACCCCAACCUUGCUUUGCACCCUCUCUUCCUAUGUGAGAGGAUAAUGCCCUGUUUGCAAAAUCUCAGUUUGCACCUAUUGUUUAGCCUUACCAAAGUGAUUGGUGCCAGGGGGACUGGCGAUGUGCAAAGGUUUCCUUUUUCUUUUCUCUUUUUUGCUUUUUUUUUUUUUUUUUUUUAAAUGAAACCUUUUUGUAUUACUGCCCUCCACAGCAUACUUGAAUUCCUGUACUCUCUUCAAGUGGAAAGGCAGGGAACUUUUAAAGUUAAACUUGUAAAAAGAAAAAAAAUGUGUUUCCCCUAUUUUCAGUUUUCCUUCAGAAACUACUCCCUCCUUCCCACUGAGUUAUGGAUUCUGGGAAAAACUAAAAAAAAAAAAAAAACAAUAAAUGAUAAUAUUGCA